AUGAGUCGUCCAUCUCAAGAUCGCUCAAGCUCAACCCCAGAUGAGGACGAGAGCGCACAAUCACCCGCCGGGACUGACCAUGAGAAAAUGAUGGCUCUCCUCAGUACACCAUGGCACGCCGUGUACCAACUCAGUGAGGACGGUUCGACAUAUCUCAGACCAUCGUUUCUUCGAGGAGUGCCUGUGCAGAAAAUUAAUGAAUCUUCUGACUAUUGGGAUGGCAACUGGACUUCUCUCGACGCAUACAUAGCCCGGGAGGAAGAGGAGGAGCGCCUCAAAGCCGAGUUUAAGGCUAGAAAAGACAUCAAUCCCAGCAAAGCCCACUUGGUCGGCCACAAGUUGCAUUCUGACAACGUGAGCAAACAAAGGAAGAUCAGGGAGAUGUUCGGGGGUAACGCCAUACCGCACCCCAACCAGUUGGUCUCCAAGCACCACCUGCCCUAUGAGGGCCUAUGUGAGCAAGAACUCAUGUAUAAAAUUGGCUGCAAGUUAUCUGAUCUCGAGUUCUUGAAGUCGCGACAGAAACUCACGAUGGAACCCUGGGACUUUUUUCGAUGGAGAGUCGGCGUUACCAUGGAGAAGAAGAUUCUGAUCCCAGGUCGAAGCGGACGUGACCACAUCAAGAGCGUCGUUCAACGCAUUAGCAGUGAGAAUAGCGACGAUCCUCUGUUCCGAAAGGCAGUUGAGUACUCUGCAGGGCUCCAGAACCACAAAGGACGUUAUGGUCCUAAGAAGAAGCCUGCAAGACCCUACAAGAUCAUGGGGAAAAUCCAAAAAGGUACGACACCACAGGGGUACCGGCCAACCGCACCGAGGGCUUCUGUGAGCGUGGGACGAGCCCGUCCCUCAGCAAAAGAUGUCUUGAGAGAGCGCCAAGAGAGGCGCGCCCGUCUUCAAGAGCAAUAUCAAUCACAGAGUACCUACCAAGGUGUGAACGAGCGACGAAGGCAAAAGGCUCUGAAUCAGUCGGCAAAUGCAGCGCCCGAAUGA